AUGUCCAAAAAUCGUAAGACAGGAAGAUUCUCCUCAGAGGAGGACAUUAAGGUACUUGAGCAUGUUAACAAACAUGGAGUUGGAAAGUGGAAUGAUGUUGCAGCUCAUGUGGAAACUAGGGACGCUAAACAAUGCAGAGAAAGGUACUAUGGUCAUCUAGCUCACAAUGUGAACAAGGAACCAUUUACGAAGAAGGAAGAAGAUAAAAUACGUGAGUUGGCUAUGGCUGGUUACGGGUGGGCAAGUAUGGCUAGAGAAUUAGGCAAUGGUCGUACUUCAAACAACAUUAAGAAUUGCUGGUAUCAAAAGCUUUCCAAAGAAAAAAAAGGAGUGAAAAAGAAUAAAAAAAGAUCAUCUGUAAUGAAAGCACAAUCACUCAAUAAAAAGCCCAGUAACCAGUUGGUGACUAACGUAGACAUCGAACAACUUGACAAUUUUAACCAGGAAAUAGACGUUGGCCCAAACGAAGUACAUGUAGAAAGAGUUUUUCACGAAAUCAUUAACACUGGAUUUAUUAACACUGGCGGAUUCAUUAACACCGAUGGAUUUAUUAACACCAACGGGUUUAUUAACACCAACGGAUUUAUUAACACCAAUGAAUUUAUUAACAUCGAUGAAUUUAAUCAACAACACCUUUAUACCUUAGCACAUAUGUAA